GGGGAAUAACAUACAUUUAUAAAGGGGGGGGCAUCAGCAGUGUCCCACUUGAGCUUCUAUUGAGGUAACAAAGUUUAGAACGGCGAAGAGUGUCAGAACAUUAGACCGUGACACAACAUCUGCACUGCUGUCCCAAAUUAACAUUUUAAUAUACACUGGGACAAUUUGAGACGAAGACGGACCAGGAAUUAUUUGGGGCUUAUCUGUAUAAAGCAUUUUCCAAAAGACCGAAGAAACUUCAUCAUCACAGAUAAACUUCAUAAUGGCUGAGACAGCAGCGGCACCAGCCCAGAAGGCGAAAAAGGCGAAAACCCUUAAGAAAUCCACCUCGCAUCCCAAAUAUUCGGAAAUGAUCUUGACAGCUGUUCGAGCGGACAACACUCGCGGAGGUGCGUCUAGACAGUCUAUCCAGAAGUACGUUAAAAGCCAUUAUAAGGUGGGGGAGAACGCUGAUACACAAACCAAGUUAGCCAUCAAGAGGCUUGUGCAUUCUGGAACCCUGUGCCAAACCAAGGGUUCUGGGGUUUCGGGGUCCUUCAGAGUGGCCAAACCCCAAGAUACUACGAAGGCGCCGAAGUCUAAACCCCCAGAGAAGGGCAAGAAGAAACCCGUUAAAGCCGCCAAGCCCAAGAAGGUGACAAAACCAAAGAAGGUUGUCAAGGCAUCAGUUAAACCCAAGAAACUUAAAACGGUGGCUAAAACAGUGAAGAAGACAGCAGCGAAGAAGAAACCAGCAGCCAAACCUAAGAAACCAUUGAAGAAGCCCAAGGUCGCCAAACCAGCGAAGACGAGCAAAUCCAAAACGACCAAACCAAAACCCAAAGCCAAGACGACAAAGAAAACAGCAAAGAAGUAAAGGAAAACGAACUUCAAAGACUUAACAAACAACAAGAGCAAAGAAACUCACUGUAAAUAGAUUUUUUGCUAAAAAAAAAGAGAAAA